AAGGGGUGGAGAGAGAAAAAGCAUAGCAAAACAGAAACUGAAAAACUAGUAUGGAUCACAGCUUACGUUGUUUUGGGACAAUACCCAAAACUCAUUUUCUAUUAUCUCUUUCACUUCUUCUCUUCAGCUUCGCAAACGCAGCCUUCGACCUCGCCACCAUACCCUUUAACGAUGGCUAUUCUCCGCUCUUUGGACACAGCAACGUUCUUCGUUCCUCCGAUGGCAACGGCGUACAACUCCUCCUUGAUCGCUUCACGGGUUCGGGUUUCAUUUCCUCUAAUAUGUAUCAGCAUGGAUUCUUCAGCGCGAAUAUCAAGUUGCCAUCGAAUUACACUGCUGGUAUUUGUGUCGCCUUCUAUACAUCAAACGGUGAUGUGUUCGAGAAAACCCACGAUGAGUUGGACUUUGAAUUCUUAGGUAACAUCGCCGGAAAACCAUGGCGGUUUCAGACAAACUUGUACGGCAACGGCAGCACCCACCGUGGCCGUGAGGAACGUUAUCGCCUAUGGUUCGACCCAACCAAAGGAUACCAUAGAUACAGCAUCCUUUGGACUGAGAGGAACGUCAUAUUUUACAUUGAUGAAGUUCCAAUCAGAGAAGUGUUACGAAGCGAUGAAAUGGGAGCUGAUUACCCAUCUAAGCCAAUGUCAUUAUACGCCACUAUAUGGGAUGCAUCAAAUUGGGCCACAUCAGGUGGAAAAUACAAAGUGAACUAUAAGUAUGCACCUUUUGUAACGGAAUUUAAGGACCUAGUCCUAAAGGGUUGCUCCGUUGAUCCCAUACAAGAAGUUCCCGGUAGCGACGUUUGUUCCGGGCAACACGCCGAUCUAGAAGCUCAAGACUACGCUGCCGUGACCCCCACGCGCCGCCUUGCCAUGCGUAAGUUCCGCCAGCGUUACAUGUACUAUUCUUAUUGCUAUGACACGUUAAGGUACCCUGUGCCACCACCUGAGUGUGUUAUAAUACCCUCGGAGAAACAAAGGUUUAAAGAGACCGGAAGGUUGAGAUUUGGCGGCAGCCACCGCCGGCAAUCUAGGCGGAGGAGCCGUACUUCAACUCCGGUAGAUGAUACUGAUCAAGGUGAUAUGUGAUUAUUAAGAUGAGAUGUAUAUAAUAGUGUCCAUUAUUUGUGGCUUUUUCUUUACAUUAUUAAAAUUAUUUGACAGGCAUAAAUAAACAAGUGAUUAUAUCUUUUUCUUUAUAUAUAUAAGAGUGGUUUGAUGU